CUUAGGUAUCGACCUGUUAUUCUUCUUCCUCCUUCUCUUCCCUCUCUUUCUCCUUCUCUCCUCCUAUUAGCAAUCCUUGGUCAAUUCGACUAGCCCCUGGGCAGAUCAAGUACCCCGCCAAACGCCUAAAAAUUAAUCCUCCCUCCCCCCAUUUCUCUUCACCCCUCCGAACCGUCAACCACCACAAUGACCGAACACGAUGAUGAUCUCGUUGCCUCCACCACCGAGGGUUUCAAGGUGGGCGAGAAGAAGACCAUUGAGGAAUAUCAGAACCUUGACAAGGACGACGAAGCCCUGAACCGAUGGAAGGCCUCGCUGGGUCUGGCCACUGGCACGCCUAUCGGUGAUCCUCAGGACCCCCGGAAAUGCAUCAUCAAGAGUCUGGCUCUGGAAGUCGAGGGACGGCCGGACGUGGUGAUUGAGCUGUCUGCGCCCGGCGCGCUCGAAAACCUCAAGAACCAACCGUUCACCAUCAAGGAGGGCGCCACAUUCCGCAUCAAAGUCGUGUUCCAGGUGCACCACGAAGUCCUGAGCGGUCUGAAGUACUUGCAGGUCGUGAAGCGGAAGGGAAUCCGGGUCAGCAAGGACGAGGAGAUGCUGGGAAGUUAUGCUCCCAGCACCACCGACAAGCCGGUAUAUGAGAAGAAAUUCCAUGCCGAAGAGGCGCCGUCGGGAAUGAUGGCACGUGGCCAUUACAACGCGGUCUCCAAGUUCCUGGACGACGACAGCACCAACCACCUGCAGUUCGAAUGGGCCUUUGACAUCGCCAAGGACUGGUAGAGGACACGAAAGAGCUGAUAAUGGUCUCGGUGCUGCGUACGAAACUAUGAAUAUAUUUAUGAACAGCAUAUUCGUUUUGUGUUUCAAAAUUUCCAAGCGUUGGACUUGAUUCCUUGCAAUUACAUAUUUGAAUCCUUUUUUUUUUCUUCUACACUUUACAUACAGCCCCUUCUCACAGAUUAUUGAAAUCUUGACAUGGAAUCCUUUCUAAUCAAAUCAAUCCAAAUCACUUGAUGUUCUCAUCGUCGUCGUC